UGAUCUUUGUUUUGGUUUUGAUUUGAAUGAGUGAAUUCCAUGAAGUUGUAGAUCAGCAGCAGCAAAGAGUGAAUAGUAACUGGCUGGAAGAAGCAAUUCACAGCUUGUCCCCUUUUGCUGCUUCAUUCCAUACAUGGUACUUUUCUAAAAAACCUAUGAGCUCCGACCCCACUGUUCCCUAAAACCUCUAUCGAAAUACACAAGGUAAAUAAUGGCUGAAGAGAAACUUGAGCUACACUUCAUCAUACUGAGCCAGGAUGCUGGUGGAAUCAUUGGAAGGGAAGGAAGAAACAUCCGUCAAAUGAGAGAUGAGAGUGGUGCAAAUAUCAAUAUAUCUGGUAGUGCAGGGGUUGAAAGAAUCUUGAAUAUCAAAGGUACAGCUUCAGAGAUAAAAGCUGCAGUUCACAUGACAAGUGAAAAACUACAGGAGGUUUCAUCGACUGGCACUAGUGAUUAUGUUCCUCCUGUUACUAUGAGACUUCUUGUACCAAACAGCCAAUGUGGUCCUUUAAUUGGAAAGGGAGGUACAAGGAUAAAGGAGAUCAGGGAGAUAUCAGGAGCUACAAUUACUAUUCCUUCAGAGACACUGCCAGGUUCAUCAGAAAGAUCUGUAACACUAGCUGGCUCACCUGAAGCGCUUGGUAACUGUGUUGCUAAAAUAUGCGAAGUGUUUGAAGAAUUUCCAGCUCGUCAGAACAAUGUGCAAUAUUAUCCUCAUAUGUUUCCAAGAUCAAUGGGUCCACCUCAGGUUUCUAUGAUGAGUGGACAGCUGUCAUUUACUGGCUUAUCGAGAAGAAGUGAACAGAGAGUUCGACUGCCCAGCAGUGUUAUUGGUUCAUUGAUAGGCAAAGGUGGUUGCCAUAUCAACGAAAUCAGACAAUUUUCUGGUGCUACAGUGCAGGUGGAAGAAAGUAAGAAAGAUAACCGCAUGUCUGAUGUGAUCAUCGCUGGUACACCAGAAGCAGUCAGUUGUGCUACCUUUCUUAUAAAUGCUAGAAUAUCUGCCGGACGCCAAGCUAGUCGUAACCGUCGCACUGGGAUGCGAGAAGAAGGCGAAGAACGACGGGGUCGCGGUCAACGAAGUGAUAGCAAUGAAUACAGCAGGGAGUAAUGGGUAUGAGCGCAAAUCUGAAAUUUAAUUAUAUCAUGCACCUUUCAGCCACCUAUGCCAAAGCCCGUAAAAAGAGGAUUUUUAUAUGAGAUCUAUAGUGUUUUAAACUAGAAAAGUUUGUACAGAAUAUUUGGACCUUGGGUGAAUGUAAACCAAUUUCAGCUUACCUAUCGCUUUUUGCACCGACAUUGAGAUAACGUAUAAGAAAACUAAGCGUGAAAAAUAAUGAACUCUCUCUAUUUUUUCCAUAAAGUUUAUCAAAACGAUGAAUUCGUUAUAUAUUUUUUGAGCAGUAUUUAUGCAGAUUAAAUUUUACAGUAUGAUCAACGGUUGAGACAGUUAUUGGUACGUUCUUGCCCAUUCGUCUUAUCCGCCGUAUCUGGCUUACUCACAGUUGCGUUGCUUUACAUGUCUAUGUAAGCCUUGCGGCGGGUGGUUUGACGUAAGAAUGAUUCUCUUCGACUUUUAUUAUUUAUAGUCGAUAUAAUUUAGUUUAUUUUUAGUUUUUAUUUAUCUUAUUUUCCCUUUUGUGGUUCGGCGUAUUUUAGGCGUAUUAAACGUGGGUGUUGUGCGCUAAAAGUUGAGAGUAAAUUUCUGUUGCAAACAGUUUUUAAGUGGACAUUUAUUGUAUUAUUUCUUUGUCCAACACCAAAUAGAGAAAUAUUAUUAA